ACGUGCAAUAACAAUUUGACCUUUGGGAUAACAAAAAAAAAACUUGCUUUUUUCUUCUUCUUCUUCUUUGCCUCCGAUCGGAAAACAGGAAAACGAUGGGGAGGUCCCGAUUAGAUGCGCUCGUGUCCGUUUUCGUUACGGUGCACCCGCACGAAUCCUCUGCUCUUCUCCAUUCCUUCUUUUGCUUCUUCUUCAUUUUGAGUGCUUAUUUCGUAGUUUUACCUUUGCGUGACGAAGGUGCAAUUUCGUUAGGACUAUCAAAUCUACCUGAAUUGUUUAUAGGUUCAUUGUUGCUCACCGUCAUUGCCACGCCGUUUACAUCACUCGUCUUCUCUCUUCCUAAUCUCUCUAAAAACAAGGCUUUGGUUUUCAUACACAGGUUCUUCAGUGUAUCACUCAUAGUGUUCUUUAUUCUAUGGCACUAUUCAUCAGCUGGAUCUUCGACGUCCAAUUUGAUCGGGUCCACUGCUUUGACCUCGAAAGAUGCAAAACUUGGUGAUCAAGGCAGUCUUGCAUCAUCAGUUAGCUGGGAUAACCGUGGAUGGUUUUAUAUCUCUGUCCGUAUAGGAUUGUUUCUUUGGGUUGCUUUGCUUAAUCUAAUUACACUUUCUUCAACUUGGGCAAGGGUAAUUGACGUAAUGGACAACGAGUCAGGUUCAAGAUUAUUUGGGUUUAUUGGUGCUGGUGCCACCCUUGGACAACUUUGUGGAUCACUGUUUGCCACUGGAAUGGCUUUUGUUGGUCCAUUCUUACUUUUGUUUGCUGCUUUGUUGAUGGAACUUGCGGCUCAGACAUCAAGAGGGAUAAAUUGCGAUACAUCUCAUGUUGAAGAAGAACUGUCUCCCAUUAGAGAAUCUGAUUCCAACCCUGAAAAUGAGGCUAGUGAGAUUGACAGGACUGAACACACUCUAAAAGGUUCCCCAAAGUCAUCCGCUUUAGUGAAGCAUAAUGUUUGGCCCAUAUUGGAAGGACUCUGGCUUAUACUGUCAUCAACCUACCUCUUGCAUAUAUCAUUGUUCAUCUGGCUGAGUGCAGUUGUCUCUUCAUUCUUCUAUUUCCAGAAAGUGAGUGUGAUUGCCAGCACAGUUACUAGCUCUCUUGGAAGGAGAAAAUUGUUUGCCGAGAUAAAUAGCUUUAUUGCUGUUUUUAUUCUUAUUGGACAACUAACAUUAACAGGGCGCAUUCUUACUGUUGCUGGGGUUACUGCAGCUAUAUGCUCAACUCCUUUUGUUGGCUUCUUAAAUUUAGCAGCUCUAGCUCUUUGGCCAGAUUGGAUGGUGGUGGCUAUUUGUGAGACACUGAGAAAGGUUGUUACAUAUGUUGUUACAAGGCCAGGAAGAGAACUUCUAUUUGUUGUUGUUUCGGAGGAUGAAAAGUAUAAAGCUAAAAUAUGCAUAGAUGUGCUGGUUCAAAGACUUGGAGAUGCUGCAGCAGCUGGAAUGUAUAAAAUGCUAUUUGGUACCCAAAACGGAAGCCCGUCAACUGCUGCCCUUUAUGGACUUCCGGUUUGUUUGCUGUGGAUAAUCACAGCAUUCUUUUUGGGCCGUAGGCAAGCUCAACUUUCGAAGGAAAAUUUGAGAUUGAAUGUACAGUGAGUGAACUAUAAUGGGUGAUGGGUCGAACAAAUGAAAAAUGCAUGAGCUGGAUCGUGUACGAGAAAGUCGAGCUUCUGAGAUAAAAGCUAACAUGGUAUGUUCUCCCAAAUUCUUUCAAGCAUUCCUUCUGUGCGGGUAAUUGGAGGAAUUUUGAUGUAAAGUGACACACUGUAAUAACAUAAAUUGAUAUAUGGUGCUGGAUUAUUUUAAAUAUUUAUUCAAGAAAUUUUGAGAGUAAAGUUCGGUGUUUAUUUAA